AUGUACAGCUUUAUGGGAGGUGGACUGUUCUGUGCUGGAGUUGGAAAUGUACUACUGGUGGUCUCCACAGCCACAGAUUAUUGGAUGCAGUAUCGCCAGGCCAGUGGUUACAUGCACCAGGGCCUAUGGCGCUACUGUGUGCCUGGGAAAUGCAUGAUACACACUGACAGCAUUGCUUACUGGGAUGCCACCCGUGCAUUCAUGAUUCUGGCCAUCUUGGCAUGCUUCUUUGGCAUGCUUAUAGGCAUCAUGGCUUUCAUUAACUACAACUCUUUUGGUGGCUUUGACAAAACAUUUGCUGCUGGAAUUCUCUAUUUCAUUUCAUGCUUUUUUGUGCUUCUGGCAAUGGCUAUAUACACUGGGGUGACUGUAAACUACUAUGGGAAGCGGUAUGGAAACUGGAGAUUCUCCUGGUCAUAUAUAAUAGGCUGGGUAUCCGUGGUGCUUACAUUCUUUUCAGGUAUAUUUUACAUGUGUGCUUAUCGGAUGCAUGCACCAAUAGGGCCUAUGUCACGCUGA